CGCUGUGCCCCAUCAUGUGACAGAGCUGCUGCAAUGAUGUGGAGAACUAUCGCCUCGUCGGGACCAACAAUGGAGAAGGUGCUGGCAACACUGCUCUGUGUGAUGGAGGAUUGGCCUCUGCACAGCAUGUGCACCUCCGAUGGGGACAACAAGACUGUUUUUUCCCUGGCUGCAACUCUGGUGCUCUGGGUGAUUAUCCAAGUGCCUGAGUGCCACGAGGCCAUGAUCCUUUAUUCCGCCCGCCUGUUUGUGGCUCUGCUGUUCCAUGUUGUCAUCACCACCCAGCAGAUGCCACCAGUGGAAGUUGACAUCUUCUGGAGAGCAUGCCAGGAGGAACACCGCCUUCCCAGCAACCCCAACAGGUUUGCAGUGCAGGCCAUGAAGGCUCUGCUCUGCUGUUUGCACUAUGAUAGUGAGUUGAUGGCUAUGGAGCGCAAGCGUGGCUGGGACACGCUGCUCUGUGCUGACACCCAGCACUAUGCCGUGGGUCUGUUGGCCAGGGAGAUGCACGGUGCCUCCCUAUCCUUAUGUUCUGGGAUUGCACUCCGCCUGCUCCGGCUGCUCAGCAGGGAGGAGCCAUGCUGGGAUCUGCCCUUCCUGCCAUUCCUUGUGGAGGUCCUGGAUUGCCUGGACUUGCGUGAACAUGGUGACAGCAUCCUGGAGAUCAUGUCAAUGCACCUGCAGAAUGAGUGCAGGCAGAGGCGUCGCCUGGCGCUCAGAGGCCUCAUGGUGCUCAGCAAGGAUCCCUCGAUGGCCAUAAGAAUGUGCAGCCUGUCUCAAAGCCUUCUGGAGCUGCUGGGUGAUGCAGACAGAGAUGUGCUUGGCAUGACCCUCCACGUGUUCACUAAUAUGCUCAAGACCAAAGACAUCCUGAUAUCCAGUACCACUGCCCCAAAGCUGGCUGAGGCACUCCUGCUGCUCUUUGACCAUGACCACAGCCAUGUGCAGCUGCUCUCCCUUGACCUCUUCUUCAACAUGAUGGACUUGGUAAUGGAUGAGGGAAAAAAGCCUCUGGAGAAGAUUUUGAGCCAGAGCCUGAUUCCCCUCUUCAUCCACUGCUAUGAUGUGAACCAGCAUGUGGCGAAGGCCUCUCGGAAAACGCUGAUUCGUGUGGCCGAGUUCCUGAAGAGGAGAAAUCUCAAGCAGCUGAUGAAGAAGGAGCAGCUGUCGAACUUUGCAGAGUGUCUGCUGGCACAGGACGAGAGGCGAGCAGCUGAGCACCUGCGCCGGGCCCUGCCGUACCUGCAGAGCCCACAGGAGUCCCUGCGAGCGGCGGCCAUCAGGUUCAUCGAGACGGUCGAGGUGCCAAUGAGGGGGCAGCAG